AUGUCGACUUUCGGUACCCUCUUCCGUGUUACGACCUAUGGAGAGUCCCACUGCGCUUCUGUAGGCGCAAUCAUCGACGGCUGCCCUCCAGGCCUGCCGUUGACCGCGCAAGACGUCCAAGUGCAACUCAGCCGCAGGCGUCCGGGCCAGAGCAACCUCACCACUCCCGUACGCAUACGCGACGAGAAGGAUCUCGUGCAGCUCCAGUCGGGAAUUGAGCAUGGUGUCACGCUCGGGACGCCCAUCGGGCUCUUCGUCCGCAACGAGGACCAGCGGCCAAAGGACUACUCCGAGACGGACCUCUACCCGCGCCCGAGCCACGCGGACUGGACGUAUCUCGAGAAGUACGGCGUGAAGGCGAGCAGCGGUGGGGGGCGCAGCAGCGCACGCGAGACCAUCGGGCGCGUCGCCGCGGGGGCGAUUGCUGAGAAGUACCUCAAGAUGGCGUACGGGAUCGAGAUUGUCGCGUUCGUAUCGUCAGUCGGCAAGAUUGAGCUGCCGUCGUACGUCGCGCCGCCGGGGCAGGUCGCGAAGGACGACGACGACACGGUCGAGGACGUGCUCAGCCCCGAGUUCGUCGAGCUCCUGAAGACGAUCACGCGCGAGCAGGUCGACGCGACCAUUACGCGCUGCCCUCAUGACGAGACGUCUGAGCGUAUGGUCAAGCGCAUCCUCCGCGCAAAGGAGGCCAACGACUCCAUCGGCGGCACCGUUACCUGCAUUAUCCGGAACGUGCCCUCCGGGGUCGGUGAGCCCGUGUUCGACAAGCUCGAGGCGAAGCUCGCGCACGCAAUGCUCUCCAUCCCCGCGACGAAGGCGUUCGAGAUCGGCUCCGGCUUCCGCGGGACGCAGGUGCCGGGCUCGCGACACAACGACGCGUUCGUGCUGCGGCCGGACGGGCGCAUGGGCACGCGCACGAACUGGUCCGGGGGCAUCCAGGGCGGCAUCUCGAACGGGGAGGGCAUCUACUUCCGUGUCGGCUUCAAGAGCCCCGCGACGAUCUCGCAAGCACAGGCGACGGCGCGCUACGACGGCGAACCGGGCGAGCUCGCCGCGCGCGGGCGGCAUGACCCGUGCGUCGUGCCCCGCGCGGUGCCGAUCGUGGAGGCGAUGGCGGCGCUGGUGGUCAUGGAUCAAGUACUGAUCCAGAACGCUCGCGAGGCGGCGAGGACGCUGUUGCCGCCGAUCACGACGCUACCGCCGACGAUGGUGAAGCCGGCGGCGGCGAAGAAGGAGGCUUAG